GUGUUUGGCGGUGGGGGAGAGUGUGGGUAGCAUGGGGCUAUAUAAACCAACGCUUGAGUCGUCAGCCUUAGUACAACUCGGAGAAAGAGAGAGAGAGAGAGAGAGAGGGAGGGAGCCAGGAGAACUAGCGGACGCAACUGCGUAGACAACGAUACCCGACCGGAGAGCCGUCCUUUCGCAGAAUCGUCAAACAGCCGAGCGGCAGAGCGUUAGCGCCUAGCAGCGCCGCGGUGUCUCCACAGCUCAGAGGAGAGACCCAGAGACCGAGCCACAGGCAGACCCGGGAGGACCUGCUGGAGCGGCCGUCUGUCAGGGAUUCUGGGCGCUCUGCUUCCCGAGAUUCGCCCCGCGUGGAGCGUGCCUCUAAUCCGCUCGCUUUCUGAGGAGAGAGAGAGCGGGCGAGCGAGCGAGCGAGAGAGAGAGAGAGAGAGAGCGGGCGAGCGAGCAAGAGAGAGAGAGUAGGGAAGGGAGAACUCUGGGAAAAGCGCUCGUUCGGGACUCCCCCGAAUCUCCCGCGCGUCCGACAGACGCCCCCUCGUCCCUCGCCCCGGCUCUCUGCGCCCCCCCGUCCCCCCCCCCGUCCCUCGCCGUCGCGGGUCCCCGCUCGCCAUGGCAGUGCGUCAGAUGGAGUCCUGCGGCGGGCUCCAGGUGCUGCCGGCCCACCUGCUCUCCGCGGCGAUGGAGGAGUUCCCCCAGCAGCUGCCCGUGCCCAAGUGCCCCGCCCGGGGGCGGAGCCGGCCGCGCCGCGCGCGCGAGGCGCGCUUCAAGACGCAGCCCGUCACCUUCGCCGAGAUCGCGGAGGUGGAGGAGGAGGGCGCCUCGCCCAUGGAGGAGGAGCGGGCGCGCCGGUCCUUCCUGCAGUCCCUGGAGAACCUGCGCCGGAGCACGCAGACCCUGCACCGCCCCGCCCCCCACGCGCACGCCGCCACGCCCACCCAGGCCAGCCUGGACUCCAGCGACUCGGACUCGCAGCAGUGAGAGAGACGGGGGGGGGGGGGGGCUGCGGGACGGGGGGGCGGGGGGAGACACACACACGCCCCCCCCCCUGCCGCCUCCCUCUGCACCUACACACUGACGGCUGGACCCACCUGCUUUUAAGGACUCUAAUCCUGUGCGUAGACGCCCCCCCUUCUUCUCUUUUCCUACCGUUUAGAUCUAUAUUUAUAUAAAAAUGUGUACUUGUAUAGAGAUACAGGUAUUUAUAUAUUCAGAAGUGCUAUGUGCAGGUGCUGCACUUUAUAUGUAUAUAUAUAUAUAUAUAUAUAUUUGAAAAAAGCUCCACCGGUAACGCUGGCUGAAUCUAAAGUCGAAGCUGCAAAGUGUAGCGUGUAAGCUAUGAUGCGGUGAUGAUGUCAUCACUUUCAUCUCCUUACUCAUUGUUAAGCUCCUCCCCUUUUGUUGUUUCUGGUGUGACACCCACAGUGGGGAUAUGGGCGGGGACACAGAGGACUGACUGAAGGCCUGCUGGGUCUCUCUCUCUCUUAAAAAAAAAAAAAAAAAAAAAAAAAAAAAAAAAACUUUUUUAUA